AUGUAUGUUAUAGGAGGUAGUGCUAACCCAACCAUUUUAAGUGAAGGGAAUUUUUAUGUAGCACCAAAUGACCCAAGUGCAAAACAGGUAGAAAUAGUGGCACCAAAUGACCCAACCAUUGGAAGUUGUGCUCCAAAUUACUCACCUUCUCAAUCUUUAAGUGCUGCUCCAGCAUACAUGAUACCUGCAAUAACUCUCAAUGCACCCGAAAAUGCAAUCCUGAAUGAAAACCCCAAUCCGCACAAAAGGCAAAGGUUUCUCACGAAAGGUAAUCGAACAUUAAAGGAGCUGAAGAAGCGAAGUGGCGUAGGUGAUAUAGUUGCGAAUAAUGCCCUGGGUUGUGAUUCGGAUCUCAUUCUCGUUGAUUGGAGACUCGGGCUUAGGCUUCUCCACCUUCUGGUACCUAUCCAUGGCUAUGCCCAAAGAAAGAGAAACAGAAUGAGAGAGAAAAAUAGAGAGUGA